GGAGAUGUCUACUUGGACGAUACCUUCAGUGGUGGCACUCUUGUCAAACGCUAUUCAAAGCCCAUCAAGAGAAUGUACAAGACCAGAAAGGGAAAGCUGGGGGUCUUGUCACCGGUAUCGACAUCAGUAAAACGGAAUGGAGGCCUUCCACAUUUGGUAUGAUGGUUCCAAAAGAUGAAGAGGACGAUUCUCCUGUUCCUAGCGCGUUGGAUGCAAGGGAGAUACGUGUCUCCAUCAGUAAGGCCGAGAACCCCAAACGAUCGACAGAAACGACCGGGGUGGAAGUCCCGCAAAACAAUCGCUAUAAUGGAACAGAGUAAGUCUUCUGGAUCAUUGGUACAGUAUCUUAGUCAUAUCAUGGUGAAAAUCAGGCUCGGGGAUGUCAUACAUGACGACGAUAGCCCGGAGUGGUUUGACGUUGACGUUAUUCCAGGAACGGCGUUGAACUUCAUUUUCCAAUACGCACCUAUUGAGCUGCUGCGGGCUAAUGGAAUAGCGCCUCGACCAGCGACGCAGGAGCAUGAACAGCAGCAAUCAGCUUUGGAGCACUACUCUCGCGAUGUCCCUCAGCUAGUUGAUAACCCUGAUGCGCCAGUUGAACCGGGUUUUGUAUCAGACGCUGAGCAUGCGUUGGACGCUGGAAAUCCUGGCGCCCUCAAUGAGAUAUCUGGAAGCUCGAACCGCCUAUCGACAACUCCUCGUCCUCCCAUUCAUGAUAGCUCCACCGUUCAACGAAGACGCUUCGAUCAACAGGUUGACCAGCCCCGCGACAAUGGAGACGAGGACAUUACCGUCAAAGAUGAAGACGGUUUGACUGAAGCGCUGCCUGAAGACACCGCAACGCGUCCGUCUUACCCUCCCCAUGGAGAAUCCGACGCUGUAGUCAAGCGUGAAGAGCUUCCCAUGACGACAGCUAAAGCUUCGGCUGUACCUUUGUCUGAGACGCAAUCAGAGGCUUCUCCCAGCGCAUCCAUUCAUGCAGGUACUGCCAGGGUAGUCAAGCCCGAGCCCCCCUCGACCUCCAGUUCGACGUCCCAAAGGGCAAAGAGGGAAGAGCGCGAAUUAAUUAUCGCUAAACUUGAGAGACGAGUUGCGCUAUCACAGAAGAAUUUGGCUGCUAUUCGGGUAGAUGAUGAGGUUGAUGAUGACAUCAAGCCGCCACGGUGGAAGGUCAAGAUAGAACCCGCUAUAUCACAGCCUGUCACAACUCAGACUGUCAUCGACCUCACCCAAGAAGAUCUCCUGUAACUCGAUGCCAAAAGUUGCCCGUUCAUCAGUAUAUAUCAUCUCAAUCGAUUCCGGAUC